AUGUUGAUAAUAUCCUCCCAGAGCAAAGACAUCCUUUGCCAUCUUAUCUAGACUACAGACAAAACCGCUCCAUCAAAGCAUACCAGACCGGCUACUUUCAUAGCCUGUGUGCCAAGGGAUCUGACAGCAAGAUCCGUGUUUUUGAGGUAAACCUCGGAGCAGGGAUGAAACGUCUAGGGGGAGCUUGCAAAUGGGAUCCAGAAUCUAUCCAACAUGGAACGCAUUUCUGUGAUGGGCCGCUCAGACCCAGAACCUCAUAUCGAUUAAGUGUCCGUGCCUUCACUCAAUUGUUUGAUGACGAGAACAAAGAAUGUGUGCAUCCCCUUUACACCGACACUUACCUUUCCCUCCCAUUAUUAACUCAAUCAGCACCACGAAAUGGCCUCACAGGAGGAAUCACCGCUGCUACGUUUCUAGUCGCCAUGAUGCUCGCUCUGACUGCCUUACUCAUUUACAGAAAGAGGGCUCACAAAAUAGCCGUGCAGGAAAGUCCAGUGAUGAAAAUGUGCAUGUGGAAGGCGCUGCCUACCUCACAGAUGUGCUCAGGCAUAAGGAGCCCAGUCCAAGCAGCCCAGUUUGAGUCUCAUCUUGCUAAACUUCAAGCUGAUUGCAGUUACCUUCUAUCUGAAGAGUUUGAGGGCCUAAAGGACGUGGGACGGACCCAAAUUCAGAAUGCUGCACGUCUACCUGGGAACCGAAGCAAAAAUCGCUACAACAAUAUACUGCCCUGUAAGUAAAGACAAAUGA